CCCAUUGUUUUGUAAUAAUACAGUGAUAACGUAUUACUUGAUAAAUUAGACUUAUAUAUUUAAUCCACUGCCAGUAAAGGUUCAAUCUUUCAAUCAACAAAUAUCAUGAAUAACAAAUUUGAUGCGUUGAAAGACGACGACAGCGGAUCAGGAUCGGAAGAUAUUAAAGAUGAUUCGGCUUGCACAUUUGAAGACGUUGAACCAGGAGCAGGCGAACACCCCCUCCAAUACACUUACUGCUUCUGGUAUUCUAAGAAACCACCCGGUAGAAAUCAAGACGCUUCAAGCUUCGAGAAAAAUAUGAAAAUUAUUGGAACGUUUAGAUCGGUUGAACAGUUCUGGCGAAUUUACAGUCACAUGAUACGAGCGAAUGACUUAACAGGACAUAGUGACGUACAUGUGUUUAAAGGUGGGAUCAAACCUUUGUGGGAGGACAAAGCCAAUAGACUUGGCGGCAAAUGGAUUGUUCGGUUACGUAAAGGCCUGGUGGCCCGUUGUUGGGAAAACCUCAUACUUGCAAUGCUGGGUGAACAGUUUAUGGUGGGGGACGAGGUGUGCGGGGCGGUUGUGUCUAUCAGGUUUCAGGAGGACAUUAUAUCGAUAUGGAAUCGGUCGGCAAAUGAGAGUCAAGUCACAUCGCGCAUACGAGACACAUUAUGUCGCGUACUUAACUUACCCCCCAACACUGUGAUGGAGUAUAAAACGCAUAAUGAAAGUCUAAAAGACCGGUCCAGUUUCCGAAACACAGAAUUCUUCACUAGAUAGCAUACACCCCCAUUGCAAAGCCGCGUAAAUUUUUUACCGCCGUUGAUGGCGCUGUUUUGACGUGUAUAAGAUUUCUAUUGACUACUGUAAUGCGCUAGAUACACGUAACAAUACAUUGCCAACAAUACA